AGAUUACCCAAACGACUUUGGAAAUAAUUGUUCGUGUGCGUGCAUGCUUGCGUAUUUAUUAUGAAUGAGUAUGCACAUUCAUCACAACAAAGUAAGGUUUGGUUUCGGUAUGGAACUGUAUGCUACGUUUGUCACGUAGUCCACACAUGUUGUCUGCGUGCCCCACGAACGCGCCUGGGAACAGUUAGCGCGCGGCAGCUGACAUUUUUUGACCCAGUUUGGUGACAGGUUGUGUGGGUUGGCCGAUCAAAGCGGGAAAUGCGGAUUUUAUUGCUAUAUAGUCUUAAUUCUGGGUAUAGUGGCAGGCAAAGCUCCUGUAAAGACCGAGGGAAACAGCAGCGAGUAAUAGCUUCGCUUCCAAACGGGACUGAGCUCAGGGUUUUUUUUUUUUAAAUCUGUUUGUAUCUGCAGCGGUCUUAAGAACAACGUCAAAAUAUUAGGCUUCGGGUUCUUCGUUGCUUCCCAACCAGCUGGUGGUUAUCCAGUCAAGCCUAGCUGCUAGUUCAGACAGAAAACGACAAUGUGCUCUGUAUUAACCAGAGUAAGACCUAUCCAUCGGGCUGUAGCUCUGUCGCUUCGUCUCGGAGCCAACACCGAGGGCUCGAGUUAUGCGGCAACCCAAAGCAGGCGCCUCUCUCCCGGCAAGAAUUCUGUCGUAGACCUGCAGGGGAACGCCAGGUUCUACUGCUCCAGGAUGGCGAAGACGGAAGGACUGCUCUUCAGACAACUGUUUGAGGUGGAGAGCAGCACCUACACCUACCUGCUGGCAGACACGAACACCAGAGAGGCCAUUAUCAUUGAUCCUGUGCUGGAGACAAUUGACAGAGACUUAAACCUGGUAGAGGAACUGGGGCUAAAGCUGAUACUAGCAGCGAAUACCCACUGCCAUGCAGACCACAUAACCAGCUCUGGGUUGAUGAAAAAAAGAAUUGCAGGACUGAAAAGUGCCAUCUCUAAAUUCAGCGGUGCCUCUGCAGAUAUCCUGCUGUCAGAGGGCGACAAAAUCUACUUUGGAAAACAUUACCUGACUGUAAGAGAAACACCGGGACACACGGAUGGGUGCACAACCUUCGUGUCAGCAGAUGAAAGCAUGGCUUUUACUGGGGAUGCUCUGCUUAUCCGAGGCUGUGGCAGAACAGACUUCCAGCAGGGCUGUGCAAAAUGCCUUUAUGAUUCAAUCCACGACAAGAUCUUCACUCUGCCUGAUGACUGCCUCGUCUACCCAGCACAUGACUAUUUAGGUCAGACUGUUUCCACGGUUGGUGAAGAACGCAAGUAUAACCCUCGUCUCAUAAAGUCAAAGGACGAGUUUGUGGAGAUCAUGAACACAUUGAAUCUCCCAAAGCCAGAUAAAAUGGAUAUUUCAGUGCCUGCUAACCUCGUUUGUGGACUCCAUGGACUCUGAAUGUUUUGAAGAAGAAAAUGAGAAAAAAAAUCAUAAAGUCAGUGACAUAGCUACAGAAUGAUUCACACAAAAAAUUGUUUCAGCAAACCUGACCCCUACAGCUUACCAUAAAGUGCUUUUAUUGUUCUUUGUAAGUUAUGUACAUAAAAAUCUGUUAUUGUUUGGGGUGUAGCUACUGAUGUAAAUAUAACAGCGCUUUAAAUAAAAAUGGAAUAAAAUCUAAUUUGAUAGUAAAAAAUAUUGUAACAAUGCUUUUAUUUAUAAAAUUACUAACAGUUUUUGUAUUGCACUUAAGUUAAAUGUGUGUGUUUUACUCUGUACAUCUAAUAUUUUGACUUGUAACAUGAUUGAAGGAAUGAAUGGACAAAACAUGUUUAAGGGAAAUAAAUGCCUUCAAGGUUUAAUUUUAUGAUCAUGUUGCUUUACUGGUACAGGUGACUUCUUUUGCAUGGGCUAUUGGAUGGCAUUUUGGUAAAAAUAUAUAUUAUUUAAUCACCCACACUGUCACCACCAGUCACAGGGGUUAUGAAGAAGUUGUUUUUAUUGAAGAACAAUCUCGGGAACCUUGUAAUGACCUUGGCUCUUGUAUAGAUAACCUAUAUGUGAAAAAAAGAAGGCCAAUACCUUGAAUCUGUUUGGAUUCUUUAUUUUUCAAAUUGUAUGAUUGUGCUGCUUUCAGUCCUUUGACUCAAUAACUGUAACCUGCAAUAGUUUCUGAGACCUGUAUCUAAACAAAACUGUUUUCAAAUUCAACAAUUUCAGUUGUUAUAAUUACUAGAAACAAUUCACAGUUUGAACUCAAGAAAAAACUGGAAUUAUCAUAAUAAUAAUGAAAAAAUAUUAAGUUAUAAGGAUUCACAGUGCCAUAGCAAAGUCUCCAAACAUUUGUUGAUUUAUUAUAUGUGCUAACAUAACUGCAGUUAUUAAAACAAAAGCAGAUAACAUACUUGUAUUCAUUAUUGUUUACUGAAAUUUUAAUAUUCAUAAUAAAUCUUGCUUAGCAAGUCCACUUUUAUUGGCAAAUUUUGUUGACCUCAUUAAAAUUGAUUGGUUUUGGAAUACUACCGGUUUUCACAAUCAAGUAAUCUUCAGAACAGGUUGAUGUUGUAACCAUUCUGGAAGCUUACUGUUAGUCUGCUUUAACAGCUUCAAAAUCAGUCUAUUUUUGGAAUCACUGUCUUGUCUAUCAUAGUCAAGGUGAAAAAUUUUGAUUUUACUUCAGCAUUAUUCUACCCACUCUGUGCAGUGUAUCUGGAACUGGCUGUCAGUGUUCUUAGAUCUCAAUACUCCAACUAUACUUUCCAUUAGUCCAUUCAUUGUAAUGAAGUCUUUUUGUUUUUAGCCUUUGUAUCUGUUUUGUGUAUGGAAAGUGCUCUCCAAGUAAAGUUUGCUUUUCAAACAGCC